GUUGGUAUUACUAUUUACUACAGUUGGCAAGUACCCUGACUUGACAAGCGUGAAUGUGAAAACAGAAAAAUACCAUGGCAGAAAACAAUUCAUUGGGUCAUUUGGGUGAAUGCAGUGAACAAUUUCUUUUUGAUGAGAAACUUCUAAAGUCUAUAAAUUUUGAUGACAGCCAGAAAAGACUUGACAUAUCAGUCUCACCUUCAAAUCUUGGAGAAAAUUUUAUCAUGAGACCAUUGUCCCUUCAUGAUUAUUGUAAAGGCUACAUUGAACUCCUUGCUCAACUUACAAAAGUUGGUGACAUUACAGAAGAGAAAUAUGGAAAAAGGUUUCGAGAGAUGAAAGAAUGUCCAAACACAUACUACAUUGCUGUGAUAGAAAACACAAAGGAAGGAAAAAUAGUUGCUGCAGCAUCGCUAGUUCUAGAGCAGAAAUUCAUUCAUGAAAUUGCAAUGAGAGGUCGUAUAGAAGAGGUUGUUGUUCACACUAAAUGCAGAGGAAAACAUUUUGGCAAAGUCCUUGUUGAGUCGUUAACAUUACUUGCAAAAAAUCUUGGUUGCUACAAGAUCAGUUUAGAUUGCAAUGAAGCACUGGUUCCAUAUUAUAACAAAUUUGGUUAUAAAAAGGAGGAUGUUCACUUCUUAGUCAACAGAUUCUAUAAUUAGUCAUAAUAUAUAUAGG